UCCGGGCAGCGGCGCAGGUGGGCCCUGGCACUGCGCGCACCCCCAGCCCGCAGACCCCCCGCACCGGGAGCUCGGCCCGGUGAGCGCCGGGACCGCCCCGCACCUCCGGGACCCGCGGGGAUACCGCGAGUCUGCACCUAGGUUCCAGCGGUGCUCCCGCCCCGGACACCCCGGCCGUGCCCCUGACCCCCACACCGGGUCCGCCCCGGUGCCCCAGCUCGCCCCGUCUGCGGCACCCACGUGGGGAGUGUCACUGCCCCGGCCUGGCAGACUUUGCCCCUGGGACUCGGAGCAGGGUUUGCUGUCCCUGCCGCGUCUCCCUGCUGACCCCAGAGGGACCCUGAGCCCCGCCGGGGGGACACCGACGCUCGUACUGAGGUGGACAAAAGGCCGCGGUGCCCGCAGCCCUCUGAUGUGACUGGCACCGCGGGGCUCGGCGGUGUCGCCGGGCGCUGCUGAGACCAUGCUUAGGCUGCGCCUGCUGACCUGGGAUGUGAAGGACACGCUGCUGCGGCUGCGGCAGCCCGUGGGCCAGAGCUACGCGGCCGAGGCCCGGGCCCACGGGCUGCAGGUGCAGCCCGAGGCUCUGGGGCGCUCCUUCCGGGAGGUGUACGGAGCCCAGAGCCGGCGCUUCCCCAACUACGGCCACGGCCAGGGGCUCAGCUCCCGGCAGUGGUGGCUGGAUGUUGUCAAACAGAGCUUCAGGCUCUCGGGCGUGCACGACGAGGCAGCCCUGACGAAGCUGGCAGAAAAGCUCUACCGCGACUACUGCAGCCCCAACAACUGGGAGGUGCUGCCGGGAGCCGCCGAGACCCUGAGCCGCUGCCGCCAGCUCGGCUUCCGCAUGGGAGUCGUCUCCAACUUCGACAGCCGGCUGGAAGCCAUCCUCUCGCAGUGCAACCUGCGGCACCACUUCGAGUUCGUGCUCACCUCCGAGGCCGCGGGCUUCGCCAAGCCGGACGGGAGGAUCUUCGAGCAGGCGCUGCGGCUCGGCGGGGCCCGGCCCGAGCAGGCGGCGCACAUCGGCGAUGACUACAGCCGGGAUUACCGGGCGGCCCGGGCCGCGGGCAUGCACAGCUUCCUGCUGCGGGCGGCCGGGCCGGGCGAGGGGCCCGAGGUGCCCCCCGAGCACGUCCUGCCCACGCUCAGCCACCUCCUGGCUCGCAUCGAGAAGGAGUAGCUGCGGUUCGGAGGGGUCCAGUGCUGCUGCCGAGAGCUGAACUGUCCUGACAUGAGAUUUCUUGCUGCCAGGUGGGCAGGGAAGAGCAGCAAGUCUGAACUGCCUAUGGAGCAGGAGUUGUGUUCAUGUAAUAAAACAUUUCUGAUGCCCA